AAACACGUUUCCUCGGACUUCCGGUGUUGGCUGAAACCCCGAGGACACUGCGAGGACCGGAGAGACAGACAGAGAGACAGAAUGUCUGAGGAGGCUCCACAUGAAGGGGACCAGUCCCAGUCCACCCAGUCCCCGUCCCAGGCCCAGUCCACCCAGUCCACCCAGUCCCCGUCCCAGGCCCAGUCCACCCAGUCCACCCAGUCCACCCAGUCCCCGUCCAAGGCCCAGUCCACUCAGUCUGGUUCAAGUGCUUCCAGUGGACCAGCUUCGGCCAGCCAGUCCUCAGGCAGCUCCGGGACUCUGAGCAGCAUGGACACCAUCCCCGUCCCCCUGGCGUCUGUCCCCGAGGAGCCCGAGCAGCAGCCCUGGGGACGCCUGCUGCCCAUGGCGCGAGGCUUCAGGAGCCAGGACUGUAUAGAGGAGCAGUACCUGUUUGGACGAGACUCUAAGUGUAACUACGUUCUUGACGACCCUGAAGAACCAGGAUCCAAGAAGUUCAAAAUCUACAGCAAGAAGCACUUCAGGAUCUACAGAGAGGACAGCCAGGUCUUUGUGGAGGACUACAGCAAUAACGGAACGUUUGUGGACGGGAACCUGAUCGGUAGAAACAAGAAGCUUCCUUUGGUCAACAACGCUGUCCUGGCUCUGGCUGAGCAGCGUAACAAAGUCUUUGUCUUCAUUGACCUCAUGUCUGAUGAUCAGUCGACUUUACCUAAAGAACUUCAGGAGAAAUAUCUGUUCACUCGGCGCAUCGGAACGGGAGUGUGUGGGGAAGUCAGACUGGCCUUUAAGAGAUCGACCUGUGAGAAAUUUGCAGUGAAAAUAAUCAACAAGAACAACUUUAAGUCUGAAGGGACGGCGACACGAAAUGCAAAGACAGAGAUCGAGAUUCUCCAGAGGAUCGACCACCCGUGUCUCAUGAGGACGGAGGACUUCUACCAGACGGAGGACAGCUUCUACAUCGUGCUGGAGCUGAUGGAGGGCGGCGAGCUGUUCCACAGAGUCAAGGCUCAGCAGCAGCUUCAAGAGUCCGUCGCCAAACUCUACUUCUACCAGAUGCUGCGAGCGGUGCAGUACCUCCACAGUAACGGGAUCAUCCACAGGGACCUGAAACCAGAGAACGUCCUUCUGUCCUCUCAGGAAGACGUCUGUUUAAUUAAGGUCACAGACUUUAACCAGUCCAGGAUCCUGGAGGAGACGGUGUUGAUGAGGACAUUGUGUGGGACGCCCUCGUAUCUGGCUCCUGAGGUCUUCACCCAGGCGUCCACCACAGGCUACGGUCUCGCUGUGGACGCCUGGAGCCUCGGAGUCCUGCUCUUCGUCUGUCUCGGGGGUUAUCCUCCGUUCCAUGAGACGUUCGGUCACUCGAUCACAGAUCAGAUCAUCAGAGGAGAAUUCACGAUGGUUCCGUACAAGUGGAAAGGAGUCUCUGACCAAGCUAAGGAUGUGGUGAGGAAGCUGCUGGUUGUUGAUCCCUGUGAACGGAUGACGAUAGAAGAAACUCUGUCUCAUCCCUGGUUACAGGAUCAUGUGAUGAUGGCGACCGCUCAAAGACUGAUGUACCCUGCUGGAGACGCCGCUGCCAUGGAGGCGGAGUCAACUUCAGGGAGGAAACGAGGACGAGAAGGAGACGAAGACGACGAACACCCGGGAAAACGGCACAAAGCCCCGCCCCCUGUCCUGUAGUAGCGGACCCAUGUGAUUCAGGCGGUCCUUAGGUCAUGUGACUUAGCUGGUCCCUGCUGAAACUGUAAAUAAAGUUUUUCUAAUAAAUCUUUUUAUAUUUUUGAAAUGA